AGAACGGUGGUGGCGGCAGCAGCCCGAGUAGCGGUGAGGCAGUCGGGUGGCGGGAGCCGCGGUCAUGGACCAUAUCACUGUGCCCAAGGUAGAAAAUGUGAAAUUACUGGAUCAUUAUGUAGGUAAGAAACCAGCUAAUGGGAGUCUAUAUCUUACUGCAACCCACCUGAUCUAUGUGGAGACUUCUGGUGCAGCCCGAAAAGAGACAUGGAUUGCACUGCAUCAUAUUGCCACUGUGGAGAAGUCGUCCAUCACUAGCCUGGGUUGUCCCCUGAUCCUCCGCUGUAAGAACUUCCGGGUGGCCCACUUUGUUUUAGAAUCUGACGUUGUGUGCCAUGAGGUUUACAUUCCACUGUUAAAGCUUUCUCAGCCAGAAUUACAUGAAGAUCUGUAUGCUUUUUCUUACAAUCCAAAAUCCUCAAAAGACAUGAGGGAAAAUGGAUUGAAGCUGAUUGACCCAAUAUCAGACUUUGGGCGUUUGGGACUUCCCAACAGGUACUGGACCAUAACAGACGCCAACAGAAACUAUGAGAUAUGCAGUACCUACCCUCCUGAAAUAGUGGUUCCUAAAUCUGUUACAUUGGGAACGGUGGUUGGAAGUUCGAAGUUCAGAAGUAAAGAAUGUGUGCCUAUGCUUUCCUACCUCUACAAAGAGAACAAUCCUGCCAUUUACCACUGUAGCCAGCCUCUGUCUGGAUUUUAUACUCAUUGCAUAGAUGAUGAGCUCCUGCUAGAGGUUAUUAGCCAGACGAACCCAGAGAGCCAGUUUAUGUAUGUUGUAGACACAAGACCAAAAUUAAAUGCCAUGGCCAACCGAGCAGCUGGGAAGGGUUAUGAAAAUGAAGGCAACUAUGCCAACAUUCGCUUCAGGUUCAUAGGCAUUGAGAACAUCCAUGUGAUGCGGAGCAGCCUGCAGAAACUCUUGGAAGUUUGUGAAUUGAAAACUCCAACAAUGAGUGAAUUUCUUAGCAGCCUGGAGAGCUCAGGGUGGUUGAGACACAUUAAAGCUAUUAUGGAUGCUGGAAUUUUCAUUGCAAAGGCAGUGAAGGUAGAAAAGACCAAUGUCUUAGUCCAUUAUUUUGAUGGGUGGGACCACACAGCACAGGUCUGCUCUGUGGCCAGCAUCUUCCUAGAUCUAUUUUGUAGGACAUUCAAGGGACUCAUGAUCUGGCAUAUCCUCCUGCUCAUAAUGAGAAUAGUUCUGCUCCAAUUAGCCAAGGUGAACCUCAUGGACAUCACCAAAAUCUUCUCCCUCCUGCAGCCCGAUAAGGAGGAGGAGGACACCGACACGGGGGAGAAGCAGGCUCUCAAUCAAGCAGUGUACAACAAUGACUCUUAUACCUUGGACCAGCUUUUGCGCCAGGAGCGUUAUAAACGAUUCAUCAACAGUAGAAGUGGCUGGGGCAUCCCUGGGACACCCUUGCGCUUGGCUGCUUCUUAUGGCCACCUUAGCUGCUUGCAGGUCCUCCUGGCACAUGGUGCUGAUGUUGACAGCUUGGACGUCAAGGCACAGACACCACUUUUUACCGCCGUCAGUCAUGGCCAUCUGGACUGUGUGCGUGUGCUUUUGGAAGCUGGUGCUUGUCCUGGUGGUAGCAUCUACAACAACUGCUCUCCUGUGCUCACAGCUGCCCGUGAUGGUGCUGUUGCCAUCCUGCAGGAGCUCCUGGGUCAUGGUGCAGAGGCCAACGUCAAGGCAAAACUACCAGUCUGGGCAUCGAACAUAGCUUCAUGUUCUGGACCCCUCUAUUUGGCUGCAGUCUACGGUCACCUUGAUUGUUUCCGCCUGCUUUUGCUCCAUGGGGCAGACCCUGACUACAACUGUACUGACCAGCACCUGCUGACUCGAGUCCCACGGUCCCGCACCCUCCUCGAAAUCUGCCUGCACCAUAAUUGUGAGCCAGAGUACAUCCGGCUGUUAAUUGAUUUUGGUGCUAACAUCUACCUUCCAUCUCUCUCCCUGGACCUGAACUCACAAUAUGAUAAGGGCACUGCAUUGCUGCUACAGGCCCGAGCCACUCCACGGUCACUACUAUCACAGGCUCGUUUAGUCAUCCGCAGAGCCCUGCGCCACGCCAGCCAGCCACAAGCCAUCGACCAGCUGGAUAUUCCUCCUGUGUUGAUCAGCUAUCUUAAACACCAACUGUAACCUUGCAGCCUGCCCAGAAACACACAAUGCCUCCAAAAAACCACCUGGGGACCCAGGUAACUUGAGGGCACUACAGCUCUACCCACUCGUCUGAAGCUGCUCUCCUGUAUUAUCCUCCACAAUAAAAUCCUCAACAAAAUAAA